GCCCACUUUCUAUGACGACCAAGGCAACGCGGGAACGAGAAUCAUUUUGGAUGACGCAGAGCUUGACAACACAUGGGCAUAAAAGCAACGCCUGCCAUGUUGAAUACAGAGAUCUGUCGUUUCCGUCCAUUCUUGCGGUCCGACGACUGACGAGCUCCGUUCCAUUUUGACAUCUCUGGUCCGGAUUUCUCAGAAAUUCUUUCAAUUCAACUCAAUUUUUCUUAAAGUAACGCAACCAAGGUUUGUUUUUUAGGUCAAAACACAAAGUGCCAUCAACAUGAGAGAGGUCAUCAACAUACAUCUAGGCCAGGGAGGCGUACAGAUUGGAAACGCUUGCUGGGAGCUUUUCUGUCUUGAGCACGGCAUACAGCCAGACGGACAGAUGCCUUCAGACAAAACGAUUGGCGGUGGGGAUGAUUCGUUCAACACUUUUUUCAGCGAAACGGGCGCGGGGAAACACGUACCACGAGUUGUGAUGCUGGAUCUCGAGCCAACGGUCAUUGACGAGGUUAGAACAGGGACUUACAGACAGCUUUUCCACCCGGAGCAGCUCAUAUCGGGUAAGUUUGAUUUGAAGUGUUGUUUGUAGUUAGAACAGGGACGUACAGGCAGCUUUUCCCAACAUGAGCAGUUUAAUUCAGGUAACGUCAACUUAAACUUGUGUGCCUGUAGACUUUUAGAUUGGACUAUUGAUCGGCAGUUAAUUUUUACCCAUUUAGCCUCCUCCCCGAUAUCUGUCUUCAAAUGGCAUUGAAUUGCAAGAUAAAGCUAGAUUGUACUGCCACAUCUGUACUAAUGAAGUAAGAGUUUAGUAACAUGAAGUCAAGAAUCUGUCGCUUAAAAAGAUGACUAUUGUCCUAUCAACUGGAAAGGGAUUCUCAUGUUUUCACCGUUUGUUUGGGCUCGUCAGAGACACGUCUUAUGUAUCGAAGGCUACACGAAGGUACAUUCGGUCAAUGUAAAUGUUUACGCCAGCCCUCUUAUUUUUAGUCGUACCUUUUGUCAAAGAAAUAUAAUGUACAUGUUUUUGGGGGUUAUAAUUCGUUGUUUGAAUUGUAUAAUUCAUUUGUUUAAAAAGCCAAAUUAAAUGAUCAUUAAAAAAAGAAUUAAAGACGCAAGGAGAUAAAAUGCUUGAAUACACUUCUCAAAGUUAAUGAAACGAGUAGGUUUAUCAUACUAUGGUUAGCAAAAAUGUCAAGACUUUUCCAGGGCAAUAUUGAUUUCUUAUAUUUUUGUUUUUUCUGCAAACUGUUUGUAUAUGUAUAGUAGUGCCUUAAGUGAAAUUAAAAUUAAAUGGUGUUGCUACUCUUAUUAAUUCUAUGUUUUAUUCCCUCAAAACUUUCAGCUAAAGAAGACGCAGCCAAUAAUUAUGCACGCGGCCACUACACAGUUGGCAAAGAAGUCGUCGACCUCGUGCUGGACAGGAUACGGAAACUGGCGGACAUGUGCACAGGUCUCCAAGGUUUCUUCGUCUAUCACAGUUUCGGCGGAGGAACGGGCUCCGGCUUCACGUCGCUCCUCAUGGAGCGACUCUCCGUUGAUUACGGCAAGAAAUCGAAACUGGAGUUCGCCAUUUACCCAGCACCGCAGAUCAGCACCGCCAUCGUGGAGCCGUACAACUCGAUACUGGUGACCCACACCACGCUGGAGCACUCGGACUGCGCAUUCAUCUUCGACAACGAGGCGAUGUACGACGUGUGCCGACGGAAUCUAGACAUCGAGCGUCCGACGUACACCAACUUAAAUCGCAUACUCGCGCAAGCGGUCUCGUCGAUAACGGCUCCGUUACGAUUCGACGGGGCUCUGAACGUCGACCUGGUAGAAUUUCAGACCAACUUGGUGCCCUACCCUCGCAUUCACUUCCCGGCAAUAAUUCACUCGCCACUCGUCUCGGCUGAAAAGGCGUACCACGAGCAGCUGACGGUCGCUGAGAUCACCAACGCGUGUUUCGAGCCGGCUAAUCAGCUCGUCAAGUGCGACCCCCGUCACGGGAAGUACAUGUCGUGCUGCCUGCUGUACCGCGGGGACGUGGUGCCCAAGGACGUGAACGCUGCCAUUGCGACGAUCAAGACGAAGCGAACGAUACAGUUUGUGGACUGGUGCCCCACGGGCUUCAAAGUGGGCAUCAACUACCAGCCGCCGACAGUGGUGCCUGGGGGAGACCUGGCGAAGGUUCAACGAGCCGUGUGUAUGCUGGCGAGCACGACCGCCAUCGCCGAGGCUUUUGCCCGACUCGACCACAAAUUCGAUCUCCUUUACGCGAAAAGAGCAUUCGUUCAUUGGUCAGUACAGUUAUCCGAAACAGUAGUCAUGCACAGUUACUGUUGGGGAAUACCAUGUUAUUUCAUUACUUUAGCAGGCUUUUAUCUGUUUGAAUCCAUAUGGACGUGUAUGUUUUGUUAUGUUGAUUUAUGACUUCUUAGCAUGCUUAUAGCUACAUUUCUGGUCUAAAUGGAUGUUUUUUACCCGAUGUAUUGUCACACAUCAAAUGUUAUGGGCACCAAACUAAAUUUUGACAGAAUUAGAAAAUAUUUUAUUAUGAAAAUGGUGCACAAUUUUGUUUCCCUUAAACAUAUUUUUUUCUUGUAAAAACAGGAAUACAUUUUUAUGUUCUUUUGUUUCCAACAGGUAUGUCGGAGAAGGAAUGGAAGAGGGUGAGUUUGGCGAGGCGAGAGAAGAUCUAGCAGCCCUGGAAAAAGAUUACGAAGAGGUCGGGCUGGACUCUGUUGCCGGAGAGGAAGAAGGAGGAGAGGAAGAGUUUUAAGUGAGUUCCUCGGAUGUCCUCUCCUAAACGGAACGUUUCAUUACGUUGGGACUGCUAGAGACUGGGUGGCGAAAAGAAUUUCAUUCGCUGUCUCCAGGCCUGGCAGUUCUUGGUGGCUGUUUGGAGAGCUCGGCUAAUUAAACAUCAUCAUAGACCGUGAGUUUAACAUGUUUAUUAGCGUUUAUGCCGCGUGUAUAUGACGUACAUGUGGCGUAUACGUGGAUUAUAUGUGGCGUGUCUGUGCCGUAUAUAUGGCAUGCCUGUGGCGUGUCUGUGGCGUGUAUACGGCGUGCUUUAGGCGUGUAUAAGGCGUGCAUGUGGCGUGUUUGUGGCGUUUAUGUAACGUAGUUGCCUCUUCUGAGGUGAUUGAAAACCAAAAUAUGAUUACUGUCCCGAGCACCGUUUCCCAAAGUGUAGUACGCGUACCCCUGGGGGUACAGAAAGAGUGAUGGGGAUACGCGCUGCAAAAGAAAAUAAACAAACAUAUGCAACAAUUUUAUUUUUAAAGAGGGGUACUCAAGUGUUACGAAAGUUUCGGGAACACUGCUGUAGAGGCCCAAUAGAAAUCAGAACAUCCAUGAAUAACGAAGGCAAAAAAAGUAUGAAUUAUAUAGCAUAAAUAUGUGAUAAUAUUUACGCGAGUAUACGCAAAACUAUACAUUGCUUAGUGUUUGUCAUUAAAAUGUGAAAUUCUAAUGUCGUACGACAAAUAAAUUAAUGGAACGUUUCAGUUUUUGCACUACUUUCUAUUUCUUGUUGUUUCUUCAUUUGUCCUGUCUUCUGAGGCAGCCUCUUAGCGGAAACUUUCUUUUUUCAUUGUCUUGUCUUUAUAUUGUAAGAGACCUUGCUUACUAUCUGACAAACUUCAUCGCUGGUACUCAAUAAGUAAACAACUCCGGUGAUACAUUUGAUUAUUAAACUCGUGUUCUUUAUUAUAUCUGUCACUUGCUUACACUAUCACUCAUCUCCCAACUCUGACUUCUCCCUGCUCUGACUUCUCCCUGCUCUCUCUCCUAGUCCGUCCACCUUCUUCCCUAUUUAUACCUCCCAGUCCAGAUUAUACCCCGCCCCCUUCUCAAUUGUCGGUCUAGACGUCCCAGGUAAAUGCCCUGGUCCGAUGGAUGGUCGUGUCUGGGUGUCAGACGGCCGUAAUUGGUCAGGCGUUUGAUCCUUGGGUCCGUCGUGCUCCACAAGCUUGAUCCUUCGGUCAGACGGAUUACGUCAGGCGCGGUCCGACUCUCCACAAGCUUGGGUGGUCAGCGAACUCUCCACACUAUUUCAAGCUUCCAUAUACCUUGUUCCAAAAUUUUCUUCUCGUAUAAUUGCUCUUAUAAGAAAUACAUUACGUAGCAAUGGUAUAUACCGAAUGCCUUUCUUUUAAAACUUGAAUAUUUAAAGCUGGACCUUUUUUGAUCCAAUUGGCUGGAUUACACAUCAUGAUUAGAAAUGAUUAAUUUAGGAAGGACUGAAAUGACGUCCUGUAGUUAUAUGGUUAUAUGAUGCGAAGCAUAAAGUUUUAAAAAAAAAAUAUCACUUAACAAUUUAAUAUAAUUUCUCCACAUUUUUUUUUAUUUCAGACAGGGCAUAAAGUGCCAGGAUGUAGAAAAAACCUCACAGAGUACACGGGAUUUUCAGGGACAAGUUAAGAGACAUUAUUUAGGCUAUUAAGAGAUGAGUCAUGGGGAGAUCCACCUAUAGACCAGCGUCGUGUGUUUGGCCUUGUCAUUGUGUACAUCUGAACACUUGGAUGAGCGAGGUGGCCUUGUCAUUGUGUACAUCUGAACACUAGGAUGAGCGAGGUGGCCUUGUCAUUGUGUACAUCGGAUGAGCGAGGAGAUGAGCACUACCGAAUUUCAUGUCCAGCUGAACGCAAUGUUACCGAAAUAACGUUCUUGUUGAGUCGGUCCAAUCCAAAACUCUACAUAUCACUAAUAUCAGUUAUACCAAUAUGUUUCCCAUUAUGAGCGGAAUGUGGAUGUGGUAUUUAACCUUUCACAACAUUAUACACUGAACAACACAUUUUAGAGACAAAUAAAUCGAUCAUAUCACCAAUAAAA